UCUCCAUUUUCUCACCUUCACCAACGAUAUCUGCUCUCCUUUCUCUCACCGACGACAGAGGCGACGUUAACGCCUCUACUUGUCAGAAUUGUGUCACUGACGCCGGAGAAGAGAUCAUCAGGGUAUGCCAGCCGAAUAGAACAACAAUAAUAUGAGAAUCUGUACACUGCAAAUAGUUUACCUCUGCCUAAUGGAGAUCAGGUUACCACCACCAAGCACCCCUGCACCUCCAAUUGAUCAAGGAAAUGGAGGAUUGAAGAACACAACAAAAAUAGCAGUCAUCACAGUAUCAACAGCAGCAGCUCUGAACUACAGUGGAACUGAGCUUAAAGCUUACAGGUUUAGUACUGCUCGCUCUUUAGCAAACAGCAUGGCUGGAAGAACCCCUUCAGGUGACCCAGAAGACCUGUCCUUGGAUACAAAUGGUGGGUCACAUGAGAACGGUAAGCUAGUUGUUUGUUUUGGAGAAAUGUUGAUCGACUUUGUGCUGACAGUUGGUGGAGUUUCACUUGCUGAAGCACCUGCCUUCAAAAAAGCUCCAGGUGGUGCUCCUGCUAAUGUUGCUGUUUGCAUAUCUAGAUUAGGAGGUUCUUCGGCCUUUAUUGGCAAGGUGGGUGAAGAUGACUUUGGCUGCAUGUUGGCUGACAUUUUGAAAUAA